UAACCUUCGCACGGCGCGUAUAUAGCUCAUCCCAGCUCAUCCAUGUGUAACGUGGUUACGUGAGUGAACUGGAGUGAACGUGUAGCAGCAAUUGUCAUACCUCUGGAAAGCAGUGUUACACAAACGAUACGUGGCCUUGCGUUGAUGGCUUCGUAAUUAGCCUUGUUAGUGCACCCGUCAUCGCCGAGUCGCGCAAAAAUGCAGUCAUUGUACGUCAUCGUCGGUGCGCUGCUUAGCGUGUCUUCGCUCAUCUGCGGGAGCGAGCUCGAAUACGACGGCUGGCUGCAGUUGAGGUUAUGGCACGCGUUCAACGACGAUCCGGUACCCGUGUUCACAGAACGGGGAAACGUCACUGUGUCCAGUGUCCGUAGCGGUGCGUCCGUCGUCGGGCAGAAUGGCCUGCUGCCGGCCCAGAUAAACGCUCUGAAAAAUCUCGCCGAGCACGACGGCAAAUAUAGACUGAAGGGGCUAGCUCGCAUCUCUUCCGGCAGCGAAAUUGUGUUCCUCACCUCGGUGUCAGCGUGCUACCUACUUGGUUCAGAUCUAGAAGAUGUCAUAACGAUAUGGUUGGAUAGUACAGCUGAGCCGAUAGCUGUGAGCAUUUCAUCUUCGGGACCCUGUACAUUAGAUAAUCCCUUCACAAACAUGUGGACCACAAAUGUCAUGGUCAGAUAUCCGGAUAGCGGUCCAGUUCCCGACACCGCUACGUAUAUUCAGAAGCUUGAACGAGAACGGGAAGCAAGAGAGAGAGGAGAAACUAAAGAUAAUCGUUCAUUUCUUGCAAAAUAUUGGAUGUAUAUUGUUCCUUUCUUGAUCUUUUUGCUGUUAUCAUCUGCGUCAAAUCCAGAAGCUGGCGGAAGUGCACAAAGACAAUGAUCUUCUAAUAAAAAUUUGUGCCUGCGUGUGCAUUAUACCCUCAACGAGUGGUCUUGAGGAA